AUGCGUGUCGUAUCGUAUUUAUAUGGUACUUUAUAUAAUAUGUGUAUGUGUAAAGGUGGUGAAUAUCAAGUUAUUUCAAAAGAUUUAGAUAGGUCACUUUUAGAUAACAAUAUAAUGAUAAAUAACAAAAUAUUAUCAUUAUUUUUAUUGUUUGUUUGUUGUAGUGUUGUUGCUGCUGAUGCUUUAAAGGUAGCAGUUUUCAACUCUACUGCCACUUGUGUCACUUCAGGUGCAACCGGUGUAUGCACACCUUUUACUGAUGCAACUCUGUGGAAUGAUACCAAUGCGUUGGUCAAUCCUACACAAUAUUUGUUUAGCAUAGAUCUCUCGAAAGAUGAUACCGCUAUCGAUCUCAAUGUGCUCACACCGAUUAGUAUUGGUGCGCUCAACAUUGUCGGUGGUCAACAGACAUUCCUCAACUUGAAUGCCUCCAUGAAUGUCACUGGCGAUGCACUCUCGGUCAGUUCUGUGUUGAUUCAAGUGAUGAACGGCGCGCAACUCUCUGCAAGCUCCAUUCAGUUGACAGACACGGCGUCACUCCACAUCGGUCAAAACUCAUCGUUGAAAUCGAUGGUCGAUGACAUUAUUACAGGCGAUGCAUCAUCGAGCAUCUCUCUCUAUGACCAAUCGACGUUGUUGGCACUCACCAUUGACACCCUCGGUACCAUUUCGGUGGCGGAUAGCGCCACUCUCUUUGUCCAAACAGCUAUACUCGAUCGUAUAACAGUGGCUACCAACGCAACAGCCAACAUUGGAACACUCACUCUUACAAACACUUCCAAUGUAUUCAGUGGUCGUCUCACUGCAACCACUCUCACCAUUAACGCUGGACUGCAAGCGACAUUCUCAGAGUUGGGUGUUACCAAUUUAGUUCUCCAACAGGGUGCUGCUAUCACUAUCAUUGGUGAUUCCAACAUCCGUUAUCUCAACACACCAACCAUUAUCGAUAGUACAAUGAUUACCAUUGAUAACGGAGCAACUCUUACAAUCGGUGGAAACAACGCACAGAAUCUCUAUAACCAGUUUGUCAUUGGUGGUAACGGUGCCAUUACUUUGGCCGUUUCAAAUGCAACACUCUACUCAUUGACGACCACCCAACCCUACGUUAAAAACCAGCCGUUAUUCACAUUGCAACUCAGUGGUUUCGUAGUGUUGGCAGCUGCAUUUGAUUUCAAUGGUUUGGUUUUAGUUUCUCCAAAUGCAACUCUUGAUAUCCAACAGAAUCUCACACCAACCAUGUGUUUGGAGACCUAUGGUAGUGUCUUUAUUCACAAGAAUGUGACAUGUCACCAAGGAAACAUGUUGCAAGGUGCCACCGGUCAGCUGAGCUUGGUCGAUACACCACUGCUUCAUCUCUUCAAAUUCUAUAAUAACGGAUCGAUUCUCGCACUCUCCAACGCACAGAUCCUUGGAAAUCUCGAAUCGAUUGGUUCCAUUCGAAUUGGUUCCGCCAAUAGCUUGAACAUCGUCGGCUAUCUCGAUAUGCUCUCUGCCGAUGCCACUCUCACAAUGGAUCAGGUCAUGGGAAACAGUGCCAACGCAGCGCUCAGUGUCUUGAAUAUCAUCACGCUGAACGGUACAUUCAGCUACAACGUAUCGGCACCGGCCAGUCUUACACGUGACUACACCUACAAACUACUCAGCACUCAACUCUACUUUGAAUCGGAUUUCCACACGAUCAUUGCUGAUCCCGCACUCGAACAAUUCAAGCUUGAAUAUCAAAAGACUACAAAAGCUAUUCAACUACAAUUCAAAGGAAAGAAAGAUAACUCUGGUGAAAAUGAAAUAUACUACAAUCUUGGUUCUUAUCUUAGUGCUCGUAGCUGUCUCUCAAAGCAGCCAUGUAUGCGAAUCGAAAAAAUAAAUGAAUUUUCUUUCUCUGCAGUGGGUUGUCCCGAAUUCCAAGUUGCACCAGGUUGUAAAGUGGUUUAUGGAAAUGAAGACAAGGAUUAUCCAUACUGUUGCCCAAGAUCACUUUGUGGUGAAGAUGUUCUUUGGUCCGAACCAAUAAGGCAUACUAUUCAAUUCUCUAUAUCCCAAGCUCCACAACCAGCAUAUUUAGAUGGUUUGGUAUUUAUUGAUAAUUAUCAGUAUAGUUAUAUAUAUCGAUUGGUUGGACUAAGUGAAUCAUCUAUUAUUAAAAAUUCACUCUUCAAGGAGAAUCAACGUGGAGGUAUAGUUUAA